AUGAAGUUGUAUCAUCGGUUGCAGAGGCUUUCGCAGUCUUUUCUGGUUGACAAGUCUCAGCAAAGUGCCCGGGACUCUCUGGGAGAACUUGCAGAAAAGACGAAAAACACCAUCCCCGACAUCUAUCUCGAGCAUGAACCAUCCGUAUCUGAAUGGCUUACCUCGCUCGUGCCGACCAAAGAAGGCACCUACCAAUACCUCCACAGCCUCUUCCCUUCCAUCGGCUGGGUUCCUCGCUACAACUGGCGAUGGCUGUUGGCAGAUUCCAUAGCAGGACUUACUGUCGGUCUGGUGGUUGUGCCUCAGGCCAUGGCGUACGCUCUGCUGGCCACUUUAAGUCCAGACUUUGGCCUCUACACGUCGUUCGCUGGGGCUGCCACCUACUGGUUGUUUGGCACUUCCAAGGACAUCGUCAUUGGUACAACCGCUGUCGGUUCACUCCUGGUCGGCAACGUGAUUACUAGCAUACAAGACUCACACCCAGGGCUCUACACCAACGUCGAGAUCGCGAAAACGCUCUCCUUCAUAACUGGCGCGAUGCUCCUGGCAAUCGGUCUCCUGCGACUCGGGUGGAUCGUCGAAGUCAUACCGUACAUCCCCAUCUCUGCAUUCAUCACAGCGGCCAGCAUAACGAUCAUGUCGACCCAGUUCCCUGUCAUGAUGGGCAUCCCUGGGAUCAACACGCGAGAAGAGCCGUACAAGGUGAUUAUAAACUCGCUGCGAAAUCUGGGCAACACUCAACUUGACGCCGCGAUCGGCAUCUCCUGUCUGAUACUGUUGGACCUGAUAAAGAGAAUCUGCGCGAAAAUGGAGGUCCGUCAGCCGUCACGCAAACGCGUGUGGGCAACAAUUUCGUGCCUGCGGCUGUCGUUUGCGAUGCUCUUCUACACCUUCGUUAGCUGGCUGGUGCAUCGUGAUAUGCCAAAGGGUGAGAGUAAGUUUCGGAUCGUCGGGGUGAUACAGUCGGGUUUCAAACACUCAGGAGUCCCAAGGUUCGACGCCGAACUAGUCCGCCUUGUUAUUCCGCAGACCCCCAUCAUGAUGGUCAUCCUGGUGAUCGAGCACAUUGCCAUCGCGAAGAAUUUUGGCAAACAGUUCGGCUACCAGGUGAUCCCAUCCCAGGAGAUCAUGGCGCAGGGCACGGCUAACCUAUUGGGCCCCUUUCUGGGCGGGUAUGCCUGCACGGGAUCCUUCGGUGCCUCUGCUGUUCUUGCCAAAGCCGGCGUCAAGACUCCGCUGGCCGGCCUUUUCAGCGCCCUCAUUCUCCUGCUGGCCUUGUACGCUCUGACCGCAGUCUUUUACUACAUACCCCGAGCGGCGCUCGCUGGCCUGAUCAUCCACGCCGUGUUGAACCUGGUGGCGUCUCCGAAGACGUGCUAUAGAUACUGGCGGAUCUCGCCCUUUGAGUUUCUGAUCUGGGUCGUCGGAGUGGUCGUCGCCAUCUUCACCGGGCUGGAGACAUCCAUCUAUACGACCAUCGGCCUGUCUUUGUUCCUCCUGCUCGUGCGAAUCGCUCGCACGAAUGGCCAAUUCCUCGGGCGUGUACCGAUCUGGCAGGUCGCGGUUGAUCUCGGCGCCGAUGCUGAUCCGCAAAACGAGAGUCCUCGUCAGACCCAGUCCGAGAUAGAAGUUCGAGACGCCUACAUUCCCAUGGACCGGAAGGACGCCUCCAAUCCCGAGGUGAUAGUCCAGUCCCCUUAUCCCGGCGUGUUUGUCUACCGCUUCCCAGAGGGCUUCAACUACCUCAACAAAACACUGCAACUGAACAAGCUGACCUCCUACAUCCUGACGCACACCCGGCGCACGACGAAGCAGGACGACGUCAAAUCGCACCAGCUGCUGUGGUGUGAAUCCAGAGCAUCGCAGACCGCCACGGACACCAGCCUACCGGUCCUGCGGGCCAUCGUGCUGGACUGCUCGUCGGUGAACAACAUCGACAUCACGGGGGUGCAGGGGCUGAUUGACGCGAGGAACGCGCUGGACCGCCACGCCGCCCCGGCCCUGGUCGACUGGCACUUCGCCGCGCUGUGGAACCGCUGGUCCCGCCGCGCGCUGGCCACGGCCGGAUUCGGCUAUCCCGCACAGCGGAACCAGUUCGCCCUGGGGAACUGGACGCCCGUGUACUCGCUCACGAGCUCCUUCGCGGGCGCCGUCCCCGAGGACGCCUGCGCCGAGGCCCGGCGCAGGGAGCAAGUGGCCAAGACGGACUGUGAGAGUAAAGUCGUCGAAAGAGUGAGGACGGAUGAUGACGACGAAGACGAGGGUCGUGUCGAGGAGAUUCGAAGGUGUGUGAAGCAGCGGCAGAUCCCAUCGCUGGAGAAUACCGGCCCCCAUCCCAAGGCGGUGGCGCCGCUCAGGCCCGUCUUUGGACUCGACCGGCCGUUCUUCCACAUUGAUCUGGGACAGGCUGUGUCAGCAGCAGUGCGAUGCGCAAGAAUGAGUGAUUGACGACAUGACGCUAGCGAUGAAGAGGGUAAGGAGUUCGUCGUGAUUCCUG